CCUGACGUCUUCCAACCUCCUCCCAAGCCAGCUCCUCACCGAGUCCUGGCUACUGCAGGACACCACAUGGCGGAGACGGAUCUCCGGCAUGUCAACGUCUUGGGCUUCGCCUGGCGCGAAGGAUGAAAGAAGGAGCGGCCUCCGGGAUUGGCCCCUAGAAAAAAAUUCGCCAUUCUCAUUGGACGAUGCAGUCACCGCCCAAACUGAAGCCUUAGAAAAUAGGAGAACGCAGACCUGACUGGUUUUUCCCAGGGUGAAGGUGGAUCCAGACCCGCCCCUCCUCAGCUUCCUAUAAGGGCUGGGGACCUGGGACUACAGGUUCACUCACCAUGAGGACUCCCAUGAAACCGGGGACCUUCCUGCUGGCGUUUACGCUGCUCUGCACCCUCCUGGGUCUGGGGUGCCCGCUGAGCUGUGAAGUGUGCCGGGGCUCCGGGCCCACGUGCAGCGGAAAAAUGAAGGCCUGCGAGGCCGGCAAGGACGCAUGCGUGGUCAUCGUCGGGGAGUCGAGCACAAAGGGCCAUCACGCUCUGAACACCUACAAGGCCUGCAUGAAGUACAGCGACUGCUACACGGGAUUCGUGUCCACCACGAUGGGCCCCAAGGACUACAUGGUGUCCAACACCCGCUGCUGCCAGAGUGACGGCUGUAACCAUGGCUCCGUGCCCCCUCCCCAGAACAAUCGCACUGAGAACGGUCUCCAGUGCCCAGCCUGCAUCGCGCCCUUUCAGGAGACAUGCCCUGGGACCCAGGCAGCCCGCUGUGUUGGCCAGGAAACCCACUGCGUCUACUUCGCUGGCAACGUGCAGGCUGGUCUCAUCAGCCCCAAAUUUGCCACUCGGGGCUGUGCUACAGAGAGUGCCUGCUACGCCAAGGCUGGGGCCCAGGUGCCUUCAGCCUCCUAUCUCUACUUCCUCCACCGAGCAGACUGCCUUCCAGCCUCCCAGCCCCCUAGCAGGGCAGAGUGAAGAACUGAGGAAUAUGUGGCUUGAGCCACAUAUUUGUCCUCAGCCUACACCUCCCCAUGUGCCUGAGUUCUUGUGAUAUGAUGCAUCUCAGGAAGGUAGGGUGCAGAAAGCAGGGGUCCUAACCCUUGGGAACUUCCUCUUUGCAAGGAAGGGAGAGAAGACCCUACUGUUUAUUAAAGGAGUGCUCCCUGCUGGGCUGCUGUGCAGUGUUCUCCAUGCUGUACCUCAUUUCAGAAUCCCAACAACUCUGUGAAGUGGAUAUUAUUAUCCCAAUUUUACAGAUGAACAAACUGAGGCCACAGGUUGUGGUCACUUCCCUUGGGUCAAACCACUAGGGAGGGGCAGACCCCGCGUCCAUGAUCACUUCUCCUGACUAACCUCUCCCUCUUUUUGCCUGUUUUCACGUCUGCAAAAUGUGGAUGGUAAUAGUUAUAACCUCGUUGGGUUGUUAUGUCAAAUGAAAGAAAACUGCAAAAGCAUUUGGUGCGGUGCCUAGCACCUGUAAGACAAUGUUGGUUCUAGAGACUAUAUGUCUGUAAAUGGUAAUCAUCAUAAUAGCUGCUACUCAAUGAGUGGCCAUUACUUGGAAGGCGCUAAACACUCUCCUCAAUCAGAUUAUGCUACAGUAACAAGCAAGUCCCUAAUCUCAGUGGUUUAAAGCAACAACGUUGUAUUAGUCGACUAAUGUUGCAGCCAUGCUGUGUAACAAACCAUCCCCAAACUGAA